ACAGGCACGGGCGAAAGCGGCAAGAGCACUUUUAUCAAACAGAUGAGGAUCAUCCACGGCACCGGCUACACCGACGAGGACAAGCGAGGCUUCACCAAGCUGGUGUACCAGAACAUCUUCACCGCCAUGCAGGCCAUGAUUAAGGCCUCGGAGACGCUCAAGAUCCCUUACAAAUACGAGCACAACAAGGCAAACGCCAACAUCGUGAGAGAUGUGGACGUGGAGAAGGUCACCAAGUUUGAGAACCCUUACGUAGACGCCAUCAAGAGCUUAUGGAACGACCCGGGCAUCCAGGAGUGUUACGAUCGAAGGAGGGAGUACCAGCUCUCCGACUCCACCAAAUAUUACCUGAACGCGUUGGACCGGAUCGCUGAAACCGCCUACUUGCCCACUCAGCAAGACGUGCUGAGGGUUCGAGUCCCCACCACAGGCAUCAUCGAGUACCCUUUUGACCUGCAGAGCGUCAUUUUCAGGAUGGUGGAUGUCGGGGGUCAGAGGUCAGAGAGGAGGAAGUGGAUUCACUGCUUCGAGAACGUCACGUCCAUCAUGUUCCUGGUGGCACUCAGCGAAUACGACCAAGUCCUCGUGGAGUCCGACAACGAGAACCGAAUGGAGGAGAGCAAAGCACUCUUCAGGACGAUAAUCACGUACCCGUGGUUCCAGAACUCCUCCGUCAUUCUGUUCCUCAACAAGAAGGACUUGCUGGAAGAGAAGAUCUUGUACUCGCACCUGGUCGACUACUUCCCAGAGUAUGAUGGUCCGCAGAGGGACCCCCAGGCGGGCCGGGAGUUCAUCCUGAAGAUGUUCGUGGACCUGAACCCGGACAGCGACAAGAUCAUCUACUCGCACUUCACCUGCGCCACCGACACAGAGAACAUCCGCUUCGUCUUCGCCGCCGUCAAGGACACCAUCCUGCAGCUCAACCUGAAGGAGUACAACCUGGUGUAGCGGCCAACACACACCUACAGUAUAUGAGAACUCUAAUCAAAGUUUAAAAAAAAACAACAAAAAAAUCAAUCCAAUGCGUGGAAUGCUAAUUUAUUUGCCAUGUGUUUGAUAUUUGAUUGUCAGGAGCAAAUGAAUUCAUCUUGCUAUUGAAUAAAGAGCUAGUGAAAAGUG